UUUUUUAUUUCUUUUUUUUUUUUCUUUUAUACUUUUUACGUGUAAUUCUUCCUCUGAUUCCAUAUUUUUAUUCCCAUUAUUUAUUAUUACCCUCCUGAGCAGCAUAUAAUGGAUCAGAAUUCUAUAUAUCAACUCUUUGUUGCCACGUACAAUCCCGACCCCAAUGUGCAUAAACAAGCUGAACUUAGCAUUCGAAGUAUUGAAGCUCAGAAUGGUUUCCUUCCUGUAGUGUUACAGAUAUUCUCCUCUGAACAAUUGGAAUUAGGAGCUCGUCAAGCUGCUGCCAUCUACUUCAAAAAUCGCAUUUAUCGUGCUUGGGAACGCGGUAACAAUUCAUCAUGUCCUAUUGGAGAAGAAGACCGAAAUAUUGUUAAACAAGGCAUUCUUCAUGCUUUAGUUACUGUACCAAAUGCCGUUCAAGUACAAUUGGCUACCUCUCUCUAUACUAUUUUGGAUAAUGAUUUUCCUGAUCAAUGGCCAAAUUUUGUCAAUGAAGUCCAAUCUUUCUUAUCUUCAAAUGAUGCUCGACUCAUUUCUGUUGGUCUUCUUGCUCUACGUGAAGUUGUCAAAGUUUAUCAAUGGAAAGAUACGGAACGACGUGAACCUCUUCAACAUAUUAUCGAACUCACAUUUCCAACAGUUCAAGGAAUAUGCAACAAUUUAGUGACAAUGGAGGAUCUUGAUGCAGCAAUAAUGCUGAAAACUAGUCUCAAAAUUUAUCAUGCAAGUAUUCAAGUGGAUUUACCAAAAUCAUUGCAAGAAUCAAAAUCACUGGUACCCUGGGGAACACUCUUUUUACAACUGAUUGAAAAAAGGAUUCCGAUGGAUUGCCUUCCAGAAACAAUAGCUGAACGGGAGGCUUAUCCUUGGGGAAAGGCAAAAAAGUGGGCGUAUCACUGCUUGAAUCGACUUUUUGGAAAAUACGGAAAUCCAGCAUUAUUACCUCCUGGAAGUGCUACUCGCUACAAUGGAUUCGCCAAAAAUUUUGUUAACAAUUUUGCACCGAAUAUCAUUCAAGCAUACCUCACACAAGUGGACGGUUGGAUCAAGAAGGAACUUUGGAUGUCUAAUAAAUGUUUGAUGUUAACAGCAGCUUUUUUGGAUGACAGUAUCAAACAUAAAACUACAUGGCAAAUUAUGAAACCACAUACAGAUGUCUUGGUUAGUCAGUUUAUUUUUCCUCAACUUUGUAUCUCUUUGGAAGACGAACAGCUUUGGCAAAACGAUCCCGUUGAUUAUGUACACAAGAAGAUUGAUCCAUUGGAAGAUUUUCAUUCGCCUCAAAUCAAUGUUACCAAUAUGUUGAUUGAUUUAGCUCAUCAUCGAAAAAAGCAUACGUUUAUGGGGAUCCUUGGAUUUAUCAACAAUGUUUUGAUGGCCUAUUUGGAAACAUCGGAAGGACAGAAAAAUGGACGUGAGAAGGAUGGUGCUUUGGCUAUGAUCGGUUCCCUGGCGAAUGAAAUUCUGGCCAAGAAAUCACCAGUUGCUAAUAUGAUGGAUGCCUUUUUUGUUACCCAUGUGUUUCCAGAUUUCAAAAGUCGAUUUCCAUACCUUCGUGCAAGGGCAUGUGAUAUUACUAGAAAAUUUAGCAAUCUAGAUUUUUCCAGCGAGGAGAAUGUGCUUAUUUUGUAUGAAAAUGUAUUGGAAUGUCUCCGGGAUUCCGAAUUACCUGUCAAGGUCCAAGCUGCAUUAGCUUUACAACCAAUGAUUCGUCAUGAAACUGUUCGUAACGCCAUGGAACCUAGUCUACCAUUCAUUAUGCAAGAACUGCUCAAUCUCACCAAUGAAAUCGACGUGGAUAUCUUGGCAACAGUGAUGGAAGAAUUUGUCGAAAUAUUUGCCGUUCAACUUACACCUUUUGCUGUCCAACUAUGUACUCAACUACGUGAUACCUAUUUACGAAUCAUGGAAGAAAUUUCUCAAGCGAAAACUCAAAACGGAAAUGGCAUUGAAGGCGGAGGCGAAGAUGAAGUGUCAUUUAAUGGAGAUAUAGAUGAACUCAGUGAUAAGAUGAUGGCUGCUAUGGGCGUUCUCAAAACGAUUGGAACACUGAUUCUCAGUUUGGAAAGUUCACCUGAAGUGCUACAACAAUUGGAAGAUGCUCUUUUGCCUGUGAUUACGUAUACUUUGGAAAACUCGGUGAUGGAUCUUUAUGUUGAAAUCUUUGAAAUCAUUGAUUCUUGCACCUUCUCUGCCAAACGAGUGACACCUACGAUGUGGGGUGUGUUUGAACUAAUCUACAAAGCUCUCAAAGAUACCACGGUUGACUUUAUGGCUGUACUCCCUCCUCUCGACAAUUACAUCUCCUAUGGUAGAGAUGUGUUUAUCGCUCAUGAAAAUUUCCAACAGAUGAUGUUUGAUAUCAUUCAAAUGGUGAUGAAAGGUGAUCACUUGACUGAGGAAGAUAAAGUAUCUGCAUGCAAACUGAUGGAAUCUGUCUUACUGAACUGUCGUGGUCAUAUGGAUUCGUAUGUGAUGCCAUUUUUGAAUCUCGCAUUCCAAUAUAUCUUCACGGGUACUAUGAAAUCAUUAGAAUUCAAAAUUCAUUGUUUAGAGGUGGUCAUCAACUGUCUUUACUACAAUCCAGCAUUGACUUUACGUAUACUUGAAGAUAAUCACUGGACACAAGGUUUCUUUUCUCUUUGGUUUGGUUUACUCGACAAGUUUUCAAGAGUACAUGACAAGAAAUUAGUGAUUGUUACUUUAUGUGCCAUAUUGGAAUUACCAUCUGAUCAGAUCCCCCACUCUCUCCAAUCAGGUUGGUCUCAUAUCCUCAACAGCAUCAUUAUGGUGUUCAAGAGUUUACCAAAGGCCAUUGAAAAUCGCGAAAACAUGGAAAAGUUAUAUGGUGAAGAUUAUGAACAAGAUAUUGAAGAAUCAAGUGGAUACGAUGGAAGUAGUACUGGUGAUGAUGAUACGGUUGAAAAUGAUGAUGAAGAUGUUCAUGAUGAAGAUAAUGAAUACCUCGAAUUUUUGACCCAACAAGCUGCAGCUCAAGAAAACGAUGGAUUAGAAUUUGAUGAAGAAGAUGAAAUAGAAGAAGAGGUCUUAUUUGAAUCACCUUUGGACGAAAUUGAUCCAUAUAUCAAGUUUGAUGAAAUCUUCAGAAAAUUACAAGGAUCAAGUCCAGAAUCGUAUACGCUCCUGACCAAGGAUUUGGAUGGUGAAAAACAAGAUAUGUUGCUUUCCAUAUUGAAUACUGCCGAACAAAAUCGAAACGCUUUAUACCUUGCUUAGUGACCACUUUUGUUUUGGAUCCUUUAUCUCUGUUUAUCUCUAUUUAUUAAUUUAUUUAUUUAUUAUUGAACUAUCUAUUACCAGACUGAUGUCGAAUCUUUAUAUCUUUAAUUUUUUUUUUUUGUCUACGUAGCUUUAUAAUAUAUAUUGGAAUAAAACAUACUAUGAUCUCUUU